AUGAUCAACGAUAGGUUUGCCAACAAGGUUGAAGCUGGGAAGAAGAGGAAAUUUGAGGGGUCUUCAAGGUCUGACAAGUAUGGGAGAUGCCCUAAGGAAGUGACCUGCUUCAAAUGCGGGAAGACUGGUCACUAUGCCCAAAAAUGCCCAACCGAGGAAGAAGUUUGCUUUAAGUGUAGUAAAGAGGGACACUUCAAGCAAGAUUUCCCGAUGAGAGCUACAAAGCCAAGCGUAUCGCUGAAACACUAUGUGAAGUACUAUGAAAAAGUAACUUGUUUCAAGUGUGGAAAGCAUGGGCAUUACGCCGAUGAGUGUGCAUUCAACACAAGGGUGUGUUAUGAAUGUACUGAGGAAUGGCACUUCAAGCAAGACUGCCCAAAGAAGAAAGGAGUUACAAAGCCAAAUGUAUCGUUGAAGCACUAUGGGAGAUGCUACGAAGAAGUGACUUGUUUUAAGUGUGGGAAGAAUGGGCAUUACGUCAAUGUCUAUACAUCCAACAAGAGGUUAUGUUACGGAUGUAGGGACAAAGGGCAUAUAUCGAAGGAUUUCCCGAAGAAAAAUGACGCAACAAGUGCAAAUACACCUCGAAAGCCAAAAAGCAUCCUUGAUGAAGCAACUGACAAUGCAAGGAAUCAGGAGUGA